AUGGUUGCUGGAAGCCGGGCUCCGACGUGCCGAGUGUCGCAGGCUCAGGCCCGUGAGCUCAAGACGGGGGUGCUCGCUCGCACCGGAGCGCCGUGGGCUCACGCGGCGCUACGGCCCCGAGCCGUGGCUCGUGGCGGGGCUCUGGGUGCUGACGCAAGACGGAAUGACGGUGAGGUCUGCCAUAAAUCCUAUACUCAGUUUUCAAACCUUUGUCGUCAUAAGCGCAUGCAUGCUGAUUGCAGAACCCAAAUCAAGUGCAAAGACUGCGGACAAAUGUUCAGCACUACGUCUUCCUUAAAUAAACACAGGAGAUUUUGUGAGGGCAAGAACCAUUUUGCAGCAGGAGGAUUUUUUGGCCAAGGCAUUUCACUUCCUGGAACCCCAGCUAUGGAUAAAACGUCCAUGGUUAAUAUGAAUCAUGCAAAUCCGGGCCUUGCUGACUAUUUUGGAGCCAAUAGGCAUCCUGCUGGUCUUACCUUUCCAACAGCUCCUGGAUUUUCUUUUAGCUUCCCUGGUCUGUUUCCUUCAGGCUUGUACCACAGGCCACCUUUGCUACCUACUAGUUCUCCUGUUAAAGGACUACCGAGCGCAGAUCAGACAAACAAAAGUCAAAGUCCCCUCAUGACAAAUCCUCAGAUACUGCCAGCCACCCAGGAUAUUUUGAAGGCACUAAAUAAGCAACCAUCAGUAGGGGAGAAUAAGCCAGUGGAGCUUCAACCAGAGAGGUCCUCUGAAGAGAGGCCGCAUGAGAAACUCAGUGACCAGUCAGAGAGUAGUGACCUUGACCUUGACGAUGUCAGUACCCCCAGUGGCAGUGACCUGGAAACCACCUCGGGCUCUGAUCUGGAAAGUGACAUUGAAAGUGAGAAAGAGAAAUUUAAAGAAAAUGGUAAAAUGUUCAAAGACAAAGUAAGCUCUCUGCAGAGCCUGGCGUCAAUAAAUAAUAAGAAAGACCACAGCAAUCAUUCCAUUUUCUCACCAUCCUUAGAGGAGCAGACUGCGGUGUCAGGAGCGGUGAAUGAUUCUAUAAAGGCUAUUGCUUCUAUUGCUGAAAAGUACUUUGGUUCAACAGGACUUGUGGGGCUGCAAGACAAAAAAGUCGGAGCCUUACCUUACCCUUCCAUGUUUCCCCUCCCAUUUUUUCCAGCAUUCUCUCAAUCAAUGUAUCCAUUUCCUGAUAGAGACUUGAGACCGUUACCCUUGAAAGUGGAGCCCCAAUCACCCAGUGAAAUAAAGAAGAUCCCAAAGGGAAGCUCUGAGUCUCCCUUUGACCUCACCAUAAAGCGUAAGGAGGAGAAGUCACUCACUCCCAUACCCUCAAAGCCAACAGCCCCCUCUGCAGCAAGCCAGGACCAGCCUCUAGAUCUCAGCAUGGGCAGCAGAAGUCGAGCCAGCAGUGCAAAACAAGCCGAGCCUCGGAAAAACCACGUCUUUGGAGACAAGAAAGGAGGCGAUCUCGAGCAAAGGAAAGCUUCGGAGUCCUCCUUGCAGCACGCCAGGCCCACCCCCUUCUUUAUGGAUCCCAUUUACAGAGUAGAAAAAAGAAAGCUAACUGACCCACUGGAAGCUUUAAAAGAGAAAUACUUGAGACCUUCCCCAGGAUUCUUGUUUCAUCCACAAUUCCAAUUGCAUGAUCAAAGAAUUUGGAUGUCGGCUAUAGAAAACAUGGCCGAAAAGCUGGAGAGCUUUAGCGCCCUGAAACCAGAGGCCAACGAGCUGAUCCAGUCGGUGCCAUCCAUGUUCAACUUCCGCGCGCCGCCCAGCGCCCUGCCCGAGACUCUGCUGCGGAAGGGCAAGGAGCGCUACACCUGCAGAUACUGUGGCAAGAUUUUCCCGAGAUCUGCAAACCUAACACGUCACCUGAGGACGCACACUGGAGAGCAGCCCUAUAGAUGCAAAUACUGUGACAGGUCCUUUAGCAUAUCUUCUAACCUGCAGAGACAUGUCCGUAACAUCCACAAUAAAGAGAAGCCAUUCAAGUGUCACUUGUGUGACAGGUGUUUUGGUCAACAAACCAAUCUUGACAGACAUCUAAAGAAGCACGAGAAUGGGAACAUGUCUGGUACUGCAACUUCUUCACCUCACUCAGAACUGGAAAGCACAGGGGCAAUCCUAGACGACAAGGAAGACUCUUACUUCACAGAAAUUAGGAAUUUUAUUGGAAACAGCAACCACAACAAUCAGUCCCCCCGAAACUCAGAGGAGAGAAUGAAUGGCAGCCACUUUAAGGAUGAAAAAGCCAUGGUAACCAGCCAGAACUCAGAUUUGCUGGAUGACGAAGAGGCAGAAGAUGAAGUAAUGAUGGACGAAGAAGACGAGGAGGGUGAAAUUGCAGGGAAAGCAGUCAAAGAGCCUGUUACGAGUGACAUGCACGAGGGGACCCCGGAGGAGGAUUACGAGGAAACGAGUACUUUGGACAUGAACUGCAAAGCUUCCCCUGGCAGGUAUAAAGAGGAGGAGUAUAAUAAGACUGGACUUUCGGCUUUGGACCACAUAAGGCACUUCACAGAUAGCCUCAAAAUGAGGAAAAUGGAAGAAAAUCAAUAUAGUGAAGCGGAAUUGGCAGCUUUCAAUACGUCCCAGCUGCCAGAGGACCUAAAACAACCAUUGUACAGGAAAUCCAAAUCCCAGGCGUACGCGAUGAUGCUCUCUCUCUCCGACAAGGACUCCCUUCAUUCCGCAUCCCACAAUUCUCCCAAUAUGUGGCACAGUAUGGCGAGAGCCGCUGCAGAAUCCAGCGCCAUUCAAUCCAUCAGUCACGUAUGACAUUGUGAAGUCUUAACCGAGGAUGGGACCAAGUCCAAACCAGUAGCAUGGCUCUCUCAUAUAUGACUAUUUAAAAGACUGCUGAGCAGAAUGCCUUAUAAAUCUGCAGGGUCACUCAUUUAAAGUCCGGUGACCUUAAACUGAAUAAUUUUAAAAAGAAAGAAACUAUUUAUUCUCAAUAUUUUGUUUUGCACAGCAAAGGCAGCUGCUGACUUCUGGAGGAUCAAUGCGACUUAAAAAAAAAAAAAAAAAAAGUUUCAGUGGAUUAUGUAAACCAGGGCCGGGAAAAAGUGUCUUCCAGUUCACCCGGCUUUGAGGGGCAGGGGCAAAAGGGUUAAGACUGCAUUGAUACACACAUGGGCACUCCUUUAAAGUAGGAACUGAAUUGAUUUUCUUUUUGUAUAAGAUAGUUGGACACAGGAUUGGGAACAGUUGCUUUUAUGUACAAAUCUCUUCAUUAAAGCUUUAUGCGUUUGAGCCCUUCAAAGAAAGAAAAUAGUUCUAUCAAAUGCACACUGUCCAUCGUAAAUGUAGAAAGAAGUAACAGGGAAUAUUUUGUUCUCUCCGUAAUUCUUUUGCCUUCUCAACUGCAUUGUUAAAAAAAAAAGGAAAAACAAGGAAAAAAAGAAAGAAAGGAAAAAAAAAAGAACUCUGAGAAACAAUAUGUAAGAGGCUUGUGUAUAUUGUAAACUAUGAAUGUUCACUACUCCGAGAAGCUAAAUCAUCCAGAUAAUUCCGUGAAAGCACCGCGUUCAUCGGCAGCACCACUAGUUCAAAUCAUUGUAAGGAGAUUUUGAUUUUCGACAAUCAUGUCACUGUUUUUGUUGUAUUGUUUCCUUUCCCCCCUGCCCUCUAAUUUCUUCUUCGUGUCGUGUGUACCAUGUAUUUAUUUGUUGGCAAACGAUUGUUUGUUGAUUACAAUAGCACUGUUCCUGUAACAAACAGCACUGCUCCAGUCCCCCACUGCGUUACCGUGUAAGGCACCCGUGUACUUCAAAAAAAAAAAAAAAAAGUGAGGUGAACUGAUCUGUG